AUGGAUUUCCUUAAUAAAGAUGGAAAUUUGGAUGAAGGGUUAUUGGACUUACUAUUUGAUGAAAAUAUGGUGGAAAACUUAGAUGAUUUUCCUACUGUGGAGAUAGAUUUUAAAGUUUUAACUGAAGCUCCCUCUACAGCACCAAGCAACAAGUUUAAAGCUGUACCAGCUGAGGAUGUAGAGAAUUUCCUAGAAACAAACCAAAACAAAAACACAAAAAGGAAAACAACAGGUGACAUAAACCUGUUUCAAUUAAAUAAACCCAGAGCAUACGCUGUAGCAGAUCCGCAGAAAGACCCAGUACAUUUGUUUAAAACGUACUCAAGUAAGAGGCCUGAUGAAAUGAAAGAUCCGGACAGUCCGUUUUUCCUUUCUGUGGCAAAUAAGGCACCACAAAAUAUGCAAGCUUGGUACAAAAAAGAAGGCAUGGGCAUAAACAGGAUCUACGGAAUCAUGAAGGAAAUGAAAACUGCAGCCAAUGUUGAGUUUGACAAAAGAAUUACUCCUUACAGUGUCCGAAAGCAUCUUAUUCAAAAACUCAACGACAAGGGGAUUCCAUCGCAUCACAUAAUGCAAAUUUCAGGUCAUAAAAAUGUGAAUUCCUUGAAUAAUUAUAGCAAACUAAACCCGGGUCAAAGUAAAGACAUUUCAGAUAUUUUGGCAAACACAACUGGCAUUCCUGAUUCAAAUGAGAGGCGUGUUGUACCACUUGGUCCAUUAAACACAACAAAUCAAGAAAUGAACAUACCUGCCAGUGCCAGUUCCAGUCUGCAUCGAAGUGUCGGGUUUGAGCAUCAACAACUGCCUAUGCUGGCAUACAGUACAUUCAAUGGUCCUGUAACCUUCAAGUUUGACAACACCUCUUCAAGAACAAUGCAUCAGACUGCAGUAUCACACUCACAGUACCACGGAAAUGCGGGAAAUCACGAGCAAACUUCAAUUAGCAAUAUGGCUUCUCCGGUUUCUUCGCCACAGCCAAGAAGGUGGAAACGCAUUCGCUGUAUAUCAUCUUCAAGCGACAGUGAAUAAUUCGUUCACAAAAUUCAGACAAUAUCAUGUUCCG